AUUAAUUCUUGGAUCUCUGGGAUACUUCCAAGAUCAGAUUAAUUCCAUUGAGCCCUUUCUUUUAAUUCUUCCAAUUAAUACGUUCAUCAUAGAUUCCAAAUUACAGAAUUCUUUAAAUUAUCGUUCUCUUCCAGUCUGGCGUUCUUGUCCAUGGACGAGAUCUUGUACGUCUACCCUUAACAUCUUGGUAUCAUCGUCUGGGACGAUGGUGAACGACGCUGCUGACACUGGCUCACUCAAAGACAUGAUUGAAAACAUCGAUCACAUGCAACUGACAGUCGAACAUCAAUUGGAAGACAUCGGGGAUUCUAUGGCUAAGCUCGUCAACAUUCCUAACGUUGUAUCUGCGCUAUCUGCAAACCUGCAACGAUUGAUGGGUGAAUCUUCCUCCAGCAAUCCAAUGCAUGAACGAAAACGCGACACAUAACCUCGUCGGCGUGAAACUGAUGAUUCCUUAGUUCCCCGCUACUCCAAACCAGAAUUUCCUCGGGUUGACGGUAAAAGUGAUCCCUUGUCAUGGUUGAAACGUUGCGAAAGCUUCUUUAUUCAACAACGAACUCCGGACCAAGCUUGAGUGGGAUUGGCAACAUUCCACAUGCUCGGCACUGCCCAACUAUGGGCCGAUCUAUUUGAGACGGGAAUUCCAGAGAUUACAUGGACAAACUUUUACACUCGUUGCAUCAAACGUAUUGGCCCACACAGUAGUUCUAAUCCAGAAGGUGAUCUUGCCAAACUUCGUCAAACUCAUGAUCUCGAGCUCUACAUUGAGAUUUUUCAACGAUUAUUGGCUCAAGCCAUGGGGAGCUCUACACGAAUGCAGGUCAAAAUAUUCAUAGCUGACCUUCGGGAGGUCAUCCACAUGGAGGUUGAGUAACAAAAUAUGUUAGAUCUUGACUCUGCGAUGAUGAUCGCACAAAAUGUUGAACACAAAUAUAAUUUGUAAGGCUCCUUGGUCGAGAUCUCCCCUCCACCCCAACUCGCCACAUGAUCAGGUUAUGCGCUCACACUGACCGAACCAAACAAACCUCGAUGCAACUCCAUUCCAACAUUCAAAAAGAUUUCUCCUGCAAAGGCUGCUAUCUGACGGAAGAAAGGGUUGUGUUAUAAUUAUGAUGAUUAGUGGCCAUAAACUGUAAACAGUUGGCCAUAAAUGCAAACAGUUGUAAUGCAGUUGCAUCGAGGUUAUAAUUAUGACGAUUCGUGGCCAUACAUGCAAACAGUUGUUUUUCAUUGAAAUUUUGGAAGAUAAUCGACUAGAAGAUGACCUAGAGCCACCCUAUCACUCCAUGCUAUGUUUGGUGUCGGGACAACAUCAACAAUGCAGUUAGCAGCACAUAUUCACAACAUCAACAAUGCAGUUAGCUGCACUUAAUUAAGCUCCUGGACCUGAUGGUUUCUCUGGAAAAUUUUACAAAAAGUGUUGGCAUAUUGUAGGGAGUGAUGUUGUUAAAGCUGUCCAGGAAUUUUUAUAGGGGUGCCUCUCCCUAAAGGUUUCUCCAGUUCAUUCAUUACAUUAAUUCCAAAAACAGAAACUCCAUCUACCUUCUCAGAAUUCAGGCCUAUAUGUUUAUCAAAUUUCUCAAACAAAAUUUGUACUAAAGUUCUGGCUAAUAGAUUGGUCAGAGUGUUGCCUAAAAUCAUUUCUGAAGAACAAACUGGUUUUGUUAAGGGUAGGGACAUCUCUGAUCAGAUUCUUAUAGCCCAAGACAUGGUACAUGCAAUUGAUAAGAAAGUCAGAGGAUCAAAUGUGGUCAUUAAGUUGGAUAUGGCUAAAGCAUUUGAUAAGCUCUCUUGGAACUACUUAUAUGGGGUUUUGGAUAGAUUUGGUUUCUCAAGUCAGUUUGUUACUCUCAUUAAAAACAACUUACAAUCCACCUACUUAUCUAUUUUGAUAAAUGGGAGCCCUCAUGGUUUCUUCCAACCAAAAAGGGGGGUUAAACAAGGAGACCCGAUUUCCCAUUCCUCUUCAUCAUUGCCUCUGAAGGGUUUUCAAGAAGCUUAAAAGUUAGAAUGGAGUAGGGCUAUAUUAAGCCAUUCUGGUUAGGCUGUAAAGGGUUCCCCAUCAGUCAUCUUGGUUUUGCAGAUGACCUUCUGGUUUUUACAAAUGGAGAUUCCAGGUCUUUGGUACAGUUUAAAAGGUUUAUUAAUGAUUAUCAAGCUGCCUCAGGCCAAACUGUUAAUUUAGAGAAGAGCAGUUUUAUUACAGGGAAGGGAGCCACUUACAGAUCCACAGCUAUAAAAAAUAUCCUGGGAAUGAGGAAAACCUCUCUGCCAAUGAAAUAUUUAGGAUCUCACCUGCAUAAAGGGAUGAACAGGUUUCAAUAUUGUUCUCAAAUUAUAGAACAUUUUGAUUCAAAGCUAUCAUCCUGGAAACAGAAAAAUCUUUCCCAAGGUGGCAGACUUGUAUUGAUUAGAUAUGUAUUGAAUACCAUCCCUAAUUAUAUCUUUGCAACAACUAAACUUCCUAAAAAG